AUUUCUUAGCGAGAACCCAAAUGCUGCAGAAAGCUCACCAUCUCCUCAAACCAUUCUCAACUUCAACAACGCCAACUUCUCUCACUUGGAGAAACCAAAUCAAACAGAACCAGCUAGCCUCCCAAAUCUCAUCCAUUCUGUUGCAAAGGCACAACUGGGUUCUUCUCCUCCAAAACCUCAAACUCUCCUCGAAAUUAACCCCAUCUCUCUUCCUCCAAAUCCUCCAUAAAACCCACACUAACCCUCAAAUCUCUCUUAACUUCUUCAAUUGGGCAAAAACAAAUCUUGGGUUUCAACCAGACCUCCAGUCCCACUGCAAAAUCAUCCAACUUUCACUUGGGUCGGGUCUUGUCCAACCCGUGAAGCCACUUUUGGAUUCCUUGAUUCAGAGCCAUCCUGCAUCAGUGCUUGCACAGUGUCUGAUUCGAGUUUGUAGAGGUACGGAUUCUCAGUCUAAUGCGUUAAGCUUUGUUAUUGAAUGUUAUUCGCAAAAGGGUUUGUUCGUGGAGGGGUUAGAGGUGUUCGGGAAAAUGAGAGGUCAGGGUUGUACCCCUUCAGUUCGUGCCUGCCAUGCACUGCUUGAUGUUUUGCAGCAACAAAACGAGAUUAAACUGGCUUGGUGUUUCUUUGGUGCUGUAUUUCGUAGUGGGGAGUCGCUGAACCGGCAUAUGUGGUCAGUGUUUGCUCAGAUUUUGUGUAAAAAUGAGAAAUUUGAGAGAGUUGUUAGAUUGCUAGAUUUUGGUAUUCAUAACUCUGUGAUUUAUAAUCUUGUCAUUGAUUAUUAUAGCAAAGGUGGGGAUUUUGGAGCUGCAUUUGAUACCUUGAAUCAGAUGUGUGAUAGGAAAAUUGAACCAGGUUUUACUACUUAUAGCUCAGUUCUUGAUGGGGCUUGUAAAUAUGAAAAAGCUGAAGUCAUUGAGAGCAUCAUGAGCAUUAUGGUGGAGAAGGAGCUGCUUCCGAAGACUCCUUUAUCCAAAUCUGAUUUGGUAGUUCAGAAGCUUAGUGAUCUGGGCAAGACUUAUGCUGCAGAGAUGUUCUUUAGGAGAGCUUGUGAUGAGAAGAUUGAAUUACAGGAUGCUACUUAUGGGUGUAUAUUAAGGGCAUUGUCCAAGGAAGGGAGAGUGAAGGAAGCAAUUCAGAUAUAUCGUUCAAUCUCGGAAAGGGUUCUUACAGUGAGUGAUAGUAGUUAUAACGCAUUUGUAAAUGUUCUUUGUAAGGAAGAUCAGUCCGAGGAGGGUUGUGAAUUGUUAAGGGAUGCCCUAAGAAGAGGAAGCAGUCAAUGUGCAUCAGCAUUGUCUGAAUUCAUAGCAUCACAAUGUAGGAAAGGUAGAUGGAGAGAAGCAGAGGAUUUGUUGAAUGUGAUUCUAGAGAAAGGGUUAGUGCCGGAUUCGUCUUGUUGUUGCUCCUUGGUGGUGCAUUACUGUUCCAACAGACGCAUUGAUUCAGCCAUUGCAUUGCAUAAUAAGAUGGAAAGAUGGAAUAUUACUUUGGAUGUAGCAACUUAUAAUGUACUUCUCGAUAGGCUUGUUGCAGGGAGGAGGAUUGAAGAAGCGGUCAGGGUGUUUGAUUACAUGAGAAGACUGAAUUUGGUGAGCAGUGCAAGUUUUACAAGCAUGAUUCGUGGGCUUUGUCGCGUAAAGGAACUCAGAAAAGCCAUGAAAAUUCACGACGAGAUGUUGAGCAUGGGGCUUAAACCUGAUCAAGCAACAUAUAAGCGGUUGAUUUUUGGGUUUAAGUAACAGAUUGCUGUGUUUGACAAGAGUCCAUUUUGGCUUUAACCAUCUCUUGUAAAUUAGCCGGCAUGAUCAGGCCAUGUACUGCACCUUUUGAUGCGUGAUACAAAGAAGCUUUCAGUUUGUAAUCCUAGACUUCCUAGUGACAAAAGAAAAUGAAAAAUUUCCCCCAUCUUUAUUUGCCCAUGUUUGCACUACCAAGUACCAAGUAAUGUGAAUGUUACUUCU